GCACAUGCUCCCCAAAGCUAUUCAAAGCAUUAGAAAUAUAACUCCUCCCUCCGGUGCCCCGUGUAUGUGCAUGGCUGGGGCUUUCUGCUUCGCCUCACUCCCAUCUGAUCGCAGGGCUGACAGUCACGACUCUGCUCUACACCUCCAGGCUUCACACAGAGGAGAGGAGGAUCGGGGAAAGGAGAGAAGCAGGCACACUACUGCCCUAUGGAGCCAUCAAUAACUUGCUCCCCUCGCAGCAGAAUUGCAUAGAGGAGGGGAGGGAGGGGAAGGAGGAGGAGGAUAAGGGAAAAAAGAAAAUCCAGAGAAUUCUGCUCUUGCAAAUGUAGUGAAACUGAGUGGUUGGAGUUCAUUUGCUCAAGAAGAGCAGAGAAGAAAGAGGACAUUAAAUGAAAAAAAAAGCAAGAAACGUCUGUAGCCCUUUUUCCUGAUAGUCGCAGUGUUUUAGAGGUAAAAUGAUUCCUCCGAGCAGCAUGACUGAAGUCAGCGUGGAUAGCAUGGACAAAGAGAAGGAAGUGGAGAGCACAGAGCAGCCCCCCUCUCCAGCAUCAACCACCAGCCAGGAAUCAAAGCUGCAGAAGCUGAAACGUUCGCUCUCCUUCAAGACCAAAAGCUUGCGGAGUAAAAGUGCAGACAAUUUCUUCCAGAGGACUAACAGUGAUGUGAAACUGCAAGUGGACUUGAUGCCUGAGGUGAGCACGAGCACAGGGCAGCUCCCCAGCUCAGACAGCCAGGCAUCCUCCCCCGCCAGAGCCCAGCAGCUGCCAGAAAACAAGGCUCACAUCUUCCAGGAGCACAUCUUCAAAAAACCCACCUUCUGUGAUGUCUGCAACCACAUGAUUGUUGGGACAAACGCUAAACAUGGACUGCGCUGUAAAGCUUGUAAGAUGAGCAUCCACCACAAGUGUGCAGACAGUAUUGGACAACAGCGUUGCAUGGGCAAGCUGCCAAAGGGAUUUCGACGGUACUACAGCUCACCACUACUCAUUCAUGAACAGUUUGGCUGCAUCAAAGAAGUGAUGCCUAUUGCCUGUGGCAAUAAAGUUGAUCCUGUGUACGAAACUCUCCGCUUUGGGACUUCCUUGGCUCAGAAAACUAAGAAGGGCAGUUCUGGCAGUGGGUCUGACUCUCCCAACAGGAAUUCUACAGCUGACCUGGCAGAAGUUCCUGAGGAAGCCGACAGCAGCCUUGACAUAAGCAGGAAACGCAGCAACAGUGUGUUUACAUAUUCUGAAAAUGGCACAGAACACUUUGGAGAAGAACCAAAAAAUAUACAUUCCCCGGGACCAUUUUAUAAAAGCACGCUACAAAUGAACACUUAUGUUGCCUUGUACAAAUUUGUACCACAAGAAAAUGAAGACUUAGAGAUGAGGCCAGGGGAUAUGAUCACUCUUCUGGAAGACUCCAAUGAAGACUGGUGGAAGGGAAAAAUUGAUGACAGAACUGGAUUUUUUCCUGCUAACUUUGUUCAGAGAGUGCAACAUGAUGAGAAGAUUUACAGGUGUAUCAGGACAUUCAUUGGCUGCAAGGAGCAGGGACAGAUAACUCUGAAAGAGAACCAGAAACAGAAAAAAAUGGAUGAAAGAAUGGGAAGUAACUUUAUAAUACUAGAUCCCAAUUUGCGUGACUUCGGAAAAGGAACACGACGGCUUUAUCAAAGUAUACAGUGGGAAGAAGAAAGGUUUUGUCCCCAUAGACAUCUUAGAAAACAUCUGAUUUCAACAGCCCACUUGCUGCAGCAGGAACUCUUUGUUGGCAAUGCCUGUCUGCCUCAUCUCACACUGUGUCAACCCAGAUGGGCUGUCUUGCAGAUGUUCAGGGAAAUUGUGAGAAAACUGCAACUACAAGAAGAAAAAGACAUUUAGACUGCCACAGCAACACUAAGAAAUAAGAAAAGUGGAAUGAUUGGAAGAAAACAUAGUCAGAAAACAGCAGGAAAAUUAGAGGUCCUUGGAAACUAACAGGAAUAUGGUAAGAAAAGGAUUUCUGAUUUCUAGUGCAAGAUGGCUGUUAUGACCCUUAUGGAGACAGACAGCUGCUCUGAACAACUAAACUCGUGUCCUGUUCUUGUGUCAUAGGUAACUGUUGGGCAGCUUACCUUUUUGAGGUGUGUAUUUGGGGGGAGGGGGAAAAAUACCAUUCAAACUGUCCUCAUACUUCGGUCCAAUGCUUGUAAUAAAGUGUGGCUGUGGUUCUACAGUUUUGUCCCCAGUAUCAACCAAUCAGUUUAAGCGUUUAAUCCUGAUUUUUGUCUCAUAACAAAGCAGUUUGGAGUCACCAUGUUAACGUCAGACCAAGAAAUGCACUGUGCCCUGGGGUUCGGCAGCUUACUCUUUCUGUGCCAUCUUACCACACAAAACAGUAGCAACCCUUGUGUAUCCUUUUUUUUCUCUGUAUACAAACAAAAUCUCUCAGCCUGCAUCAGGUGUGAUGACUGCUCUCAUAGGUCACAAAAAUAGCCGGUCAUCCAAUUCAGAAGCCUGCUUGGAAGUGUCUCUCCAUGUUUCCUGAACCUUUAUCUGGUAAGACAGAAAAUGGGAAAAAAAUGCCAGGAGAGAGACACAGUCUUGAAAUGUUUUAUAUUUUUCUGUGUUUAUUGCACUUAAAAUAUUUUAUAUAUUAAUCUUAUUUGUAAAAAAUCAGACAGCUAACUGACCCACUGGAAGACCAAAAAUGGUAGGAAAGGACAGACUGCACAUAGAAGUGAAGUCCGUAAUUACCAAAAUGCAAAACUCAUGACAGAAAGGCACAGAGUGUCUUAGCAUUUUCUUUACCCAUCAAGGCCAUAUUUUUCAUUUGCUAAAACAGAAGUUUUGUGGAUUCAGCAGUAAAUACACUGACAUAAAUUCCACUUUGGCAUAAACCACCGGAAGCCUCCCAUAAAUCCUUUCAGUCUCAGUGAGACAGUGCAGCCAGGUCUGGUCUGCUGCAUAAGCCUCCACCUUCAAAUAUGUUUUGGGCAUAUGAACAUUUUGGUACCCAGAGGGCAGCCCAUGGGAUCCAUGGAUCUUGGCCAAAUUACACAGGUCAGCCGGUGCCAAUCCUGUUGUAGAUCAGGGGCCUUCUGAUCUUUCAAGACAGGGAACCUAAUUUAAUUGUACCAAAUAUAUUUAAACUGCCUAGCAUGUAUUAUGACAUAGACAUUAAAUCCAAUCCCAAAGCUCCCUGCUGAAUUCAUGCCUUAUUUGACCAGUUUGAUACUGAAUGCCAGUCUUUAACACUACUGUAAUUGGCCCAUAAUGAAUGCCCUAAAUGCCAAUACUGCAGAAAGAAAUCCAGAUGCUGCCAGGUUUGUAAAAGCCUUUUUGCAAAGUUGACACAAUUUCUAAAAAGAUGCUGUCAGUCUGCUUCCAGUUUGAAUCUGUGUUGCACAGCUCAAGUCUCAUAGUUGGGUUGCCCUAGUUGGACAGCUGAUCUUAUGCAAAGCCUUAAGAAAUCCAGUGCAAUGCUACACAUGACCAGAAGCUCACAUGGUAGAUCAAGCUGCAGUCACUCAGAGACAUAUUUUGCAGCUCUUACAUGUCACUUAAUUGCAGAGGAAGGAGUUACAGGGCUGUUUACUGUUGAAACGUUGUCUUUUGUAGUGCAAAUGGUCUACUCUGAUAAUUCAUGUCCUUCUGGGUGAUCAAAAGUAUCUGAUUUCGUAUCGUCUGUGAGAAUAUCAGCAAUUUAUAAAUGGCUUUUCUUCAGUGCAAACAAUGAAUGUUUGCUCAGCUCAUUUUCCAAAGUACCAGUAAACUCAGUGGGAGGACAGAGGAUUCUGAUAAGCCUUAAAGAUCAAGAGGAAAGCAGUAGAGACAUGUUAAUCCACUCUGCUUUAUAAGAUUUUAUAUAUACAUAUAUAUAUAUAUUCACUAGUUCAAAGGAAAAAAAAUCAAGUAUUUGUUAGAAUUGAAAUAUCUGCUAUUUUUGAUCAGGCCUAUAAAGUAGGCAAAGGAAAUCUGUAUUAACUUAUACAUAUGUGCUAUUGUUUACAUGAUUGCAUCAUACUGUGAGUCCCUAUUUGAGUCUUCUAUCAUUUCAAUUUAUCCCUACAAUGUUCAUCAUACUAUUCUAAGAAUGAUACGAGUAUUACCUACAACUCACAAUGGCCUUUAAUUAAUGUCAGUUCGAUUCCUUUUGAUACUGAGCAAUAAGUAAUAAAGUGAUUGAGUAAAACAAAACAAACCUUAUGUGGACUGUAUUACAUCUGAGCAAGCAUUGAUUCAGAACCAAAGCUUUCAUGGUUAUCUUUUCUUUGUAUAUUUUGUUUUUUCUUUUUACUGAGUUUUUGUUGCUGUUUGAUAUGGAGACAUAAUUUAUGCCUAAUUUAGCAAGAAACACAUACAUGAGUCUUACUUUAAGCAUGUGAUUCAUUGGUUAUUUUUAUGCUUAAAGUUGAAGCACUUUGAUGAAUUAAAGGCAUUUUCCUCAAGUUAAUUUUGGAUGCCUUACUCUGAAUCCAGAAGAGUAUCACAUUCUUUUUUUCCUACCAUAUGCAGUUUGCAAUAGAUACUGAAUUAGCAAGCACUUAAAAGUCAGACAGAAGAUGGAAUGGACUUUAUAUGACAUUUGCUCAGAAAAUUUGAACUUUAGGAGAUGAAUGCUGUUAACAUUUAAUUUAAUAUUCUGCUUAAUAAAGAAUACUCAAUGGUUGGAAGGAGAAUAGAA